CCCUGGCGGAAACCCCGUAGCAAGUCAGCUGGGCCAAUGACGUUCUUGCUAUAGAAGGAGGAGGAAGAGCGUGUGUAAACCCCCCCCCCACUAAACACCGCCUCUCGCGCGCCGGGCUUUGUGCGCACGCGCGGCGAGCCGUCUCCUGCCGAAGCGGCGGUUGGUGGCCACAGGGAACGGGAGGGGAAGCGCGCGUGCGCGCCGGCCGCCUGCGCAUGCGCGCAACGCCCGCUGCUGCUGCUGCUCGUCGCCGGGGCCUCUUCGUGUGUGAGGUAAAAACGAGGGAGGCGGCGGUGGCGGCGGCCGGGCCUGAGAGGGAAGCGGAGGCAGGCAGGCAGAGAAGGACAAGGAAAGACGGAAAAGAAGAAGGAAAGCUGACAGUAAUAAUAAUAAUAAAAAUAACAGCAACGGCAGAAGCGGCCGCCGCUGCCGCCUCACCUCACUUUACCUCAACCGCCCUCCUCUCCUUUCCUCUCCCCUAAGAAGAAGCGGCAGGAGAAGGAGAAGAGGCGGAGGGGCAGCCGACCGGGCCCAGCCCCGGCCUUUCGGGCCCCGCCGCCGCCAACAUGAACAGCGUGGGGAGCGCCGACGAGAUCGGAAAGUUGUUUGUGGGCGGCCUAGACUGGAGCACUACGCAAGAAACCCUCCGUAGCUACUUUUCCCAGUAUGGGGAAGUUGUCGACUGUGUUAUAAUGAAAGAUAAGACGACGAAUCAGUCGCGAGGGUUUGGAUUCGUCAAGUUCAAAGAUCCCAACUGUGUGGGCACGGUUCUGGCCAGCAGGCCUCAUACGUUAGAUGGCCGAAAUAUUGAUCCAAAGCCUUGCACCCCUCGUGGAAUGCAGCCAGAGAGAACCCGACCAAAGGAGGGAUGGCAGAAAGGAUCCAGAAGUGAUAGCAAAUCUAAUAAAAUUUUUGUUGGUGGGAUCCCUCACAACUGUGGUGAAACGGAGCUCAGGGAAUACUUCAAGAAGUUCGGAGUGGUCACCGAAGUGGUAAUGAUCUAUGAUGCGGAGAAGCAGCGGCCCCGAGGUUUUGGAUUUAUUACUUUCGAGGACGAACAAUCAGUGGACCAGGCUGUCAACAUGCAUUUUCACGACAUCAUGGGCAAAAAAGUGGAGGUGAAGCGGGCCGAGCCGCGGGAUAGCAAGAGCCAGACUCCAGGGCCGACAGGCACGAGCCAGUGGGGAAGCCGGAUCAUGCCAAGUGCUGCCAAUGGCUGGGCAGGGCAGCCCCCGCCUACCUGGCAACAAGGAUAUGGGCCUCAAGGUACCCGUUGUACACUCGGCUCCUGGGUGACUUUGGUUCGCCUCCAUCCAGGUAUGUGGGUACCAGCUGGACAAGCACUUGGUGGUUAUGGUCCCCCUCCAGGUAGAGGAGCGCCGCCGCCGCCCCCACCCCCUUUUACCUCGUACAUCGUCUCAACACCUCCAGGGGGAUUUCCGCCCCCACAGGGCUUUGCACAGGGAUACGGCACCCCUCCGCCCUUCAGUUUUGGCUAUGGUGCCCCACCUCCUCCACCCGACCAGUUUGCCCCUCCUGGCGUUCCUCCACCGCCUGCCACUCCUGGGGCAACACAACUAGCUUUCCCCCCUCCACCACCACCAUCUCAGCCAACUCAGGACAUGAGCAAGCCACCAACCGCCCAGCCAGAUUUCCCCUAUAGUCAGUUUGGAUACGGACAAGAUUUGAGUGGUUUUGGACAAGGCUUUGCUGAUCCCAGCCAACAGCCCCCCUCCUAUGGAGGCCCUUCAGUACCACCCUCAAGUGGGCCGCCCGCAGGGGGCAGUGGUUUUGGUCGUGGACAGAACCAUAACGUUCAAGGUUUUCACCCCUACCGACGCUAACGCGCCCACCUAGAAAUCAGGGAGUUCUGUCCAGAGCAGGAUAUCUGGUACCAGCUUGAAACCCAGGCAUCCCAGACUUAUGAACGUGUGACAAUCACCUACUUUGCUGGAGGGGGGGGCACAAACGUAACAUCUGGGGGGGGUUGGGGGGAGGAGGAAGCUUUUGAAAGCAAAGCUGUGGGUGGUGUUUGGACUGCAGUUUUUAAUUUUUGUUUUCCUUUCUUUAACCCAUCAGCACAAAUAAAGAGUGUGUCACUGGUUCAAACUACAGGGUUUUAAAAACGUCUUCAGCUUUAAUUAAAAAAAACAACAACUUCAGGUUUCUUUCUCUAUAUUUUUGUUGGAAGUUUAUUUUUUUCCCGAGCCUUUGUUUUACCAUAUAUUGUAAACUUUAUGUUUAAAGAAGAAGAAAAAAUAUAUACAUUUACAGAUUGUGAGAUUUUUAAGAGAAAUUUUCUACUAUGUAUGCUGGCUUAUUUUUUAAUUUAAAAGAGGAAAAAACAACAAACAGGGUUUCCGUUAGCUUAGAAGUAAGUGAGGGUCAACUCCCAACUUCCUUUUGUUAAGUGUGGUUGGUCCAGAAACUCUGGAAGUUUAAAAAAAAUUGAGAGAAUGAGAAAAGAAAGGAAUCUACUGUUAGUCAUUUUGUUAUUGGUUCCUGAGCUGAUAACAACAGAAGCGCAGAAUUGUUGGAAAGGCACCAGGUCACUUCGGGAAGCACAGCAUUUCAAUCUGGGCUUCAGGUUCUUUUUUUAAAAAAAAAAAUCCUUUUGGGAUGUAGAUUUCUUUAAGGGGGGUUAAUGGAGGCCUUGCGAAGAUGUAGAUUUCCCUCAGGCAAACAAAUAAAAAUUGGUGCAUUUUGCACUAACUAGUGAUUACCCCUGGUUUGAAUAAAGAGAAGUACAUUUGGAUUAGAAACACAA